AUGAGGACGAGGCCAGGGGGCGAAAUUAAAGAAGAGUCUGGUGUCCAAAUCAAUUCCCUUUCCUCCCUCUGUGCUCUGCCCGCUGCCCACAAGCCAGCAAGCCAGCCGUACGGCAUUGAGAAACGGAGUCCAAACAGAAAGGUCGCUUUGGUGCAAGCAAAGUCAGACUCUUGCUUGCAAAUGGGUCGUAUGGAUCUCUGGCUUGGCUUUGCUUCCAGUGGUACCGUGGCUAGCCAUGGCCCUGGGCUGAUAGGCGUUGUGUUGAGGACGGACUCCAAGUCAGGGACUCUCAUGACAAGGGUUUCUUGCCAUCGUCAGACCUUCAACAAGUCUACCGUAUCAUAG